AUGAAAACGCACUCUAUUGAUAAUGUUAGUGAAGAGCUGGAAGUUACAGAAGUGAUCAGUAGAGCGAAUAUCCAUACGGAUAAUCAGAUUUUCAGGGAUAGUGGAGUGUCAUGGCUAGAGGACUUCCAGACUUCUAAGGAUUCUUCGGAUUCUGGAGCCACGUCUUCUAGAAUUGUCUUCCAGAUGACAGAUGACGUCACCUAG